UAGACUAGACGGACAAUGAAAAUAUUUGCACGUGCCAAUUAAACCAAAGAUUCUUCUUUGUUUAACCCUUUCAUGAAGGACUGAGAGGGGGAAUUAUUUCUGAAUUUUACUCAUAAAGCUCAUUUUUUUAGUAGAAGAAGAAUAAUAAGUUGCAACGUUAAAUCGGGUCUUCCCACAAGAUGGUGACGCAUCAUUGAGGAGAAAUAUUCCAGUUGAGAUCUCUUGACAUUUGACAAUUAGUUGAUGAAAAAUAUAGCUAUACAAUAACCAAGUUCUCUUUGUUUUAGUGACAAUCAUGAUCAAAUUGAAAAUUAAUAACAAACAGUUAUUCAGUCAGUACAAAGAAAACAUAAAGUGGAUGCUUUUCGAAAAGAGCUGAGUUCAUAAUUUCUAGUGAUUGUAUUCUAGUGUACAGUGAUGGCUUUAGUUGGAAAUGCUUUUUUUUUUCUGAAAAAAUCACCGAUACCACAAGCAAUGAUUAUGAGAUAUGAAUGAGAAAUGUCCAGUGCUAUUGUAGUUAGUUCAGUCAAAAUGCCUAUGACAAGAGCUCAACAGUUAUAUCCAGUAUCCCAUUCAUAUAUCCAAGAAGGGGGUGCAUUGCCCCCUUUGAAAAUUGUUCCUUUGAAAGAACAGAGCCCACCGACUACAUGUACCAGCACAGCGUCGUCAAACAGUACUUCCACAGGGCUACCAGAGCUUCAGGCUCUUCAGUGUAUGCGUGCAAUUAAGUCAGUCCCCAGUACUGCAUCUGAACAAAGAGAAAGAAAACAAAGUGGAUCAGCCAUUCGACCACUUCCUUCAGCUCUUACACCGCCAGACAAACCAAAGACUAUGGUAGCUAGCCCAGAGCAAGUAAUGAAGCUUUACAUGAAUAAACUGACUCCAUAUGAACAUGUUGAAAUAUACAACUACCCUCAAAUUUAUUUUAUUGGAGCAAAUGCUAAGAAGAGACCAGGAAUAAUUGGUACACCUAAUAAUUCAGAGUAUGAUAAUGACCAAGGUUCUUAUAUACAUAUUCCCCAUGAUCAUGUAGCAUAUAGAUAUGAAGUGUUAAAAGUGAUUGGUAAAGGAUCAUUCGGCCAAGUUGUGAAGGCUUAUGACCAUAAAUGCCACAUACAUGUAGCUCUCAAAAUGGUGAGAAAUGAAAAGCGAUUUCAUCGACAAGCUUUAGAGGAAGUUCGAAUAUUAGACCAUCUACGUAAACAAGACAAAGAUAAUACUAUGAAUAUUAUUCAUAUGUUGAACUCUUUCACAUUCAGAAGUCAUAUGUGCAUCACCUUCGAGUUAUUAUCUAUAAAUUUAUAUGAACUAAUAAAAAAAAAUAAAUUCCAAGGAUUCAGUUUACAGUUAGUGAGGAAAUUCAGUCAUUCAUUACUACAGUGUCUCGAUGCUUUGAACAAAAAUAAAAUCAUCCAUUGUGACAUGAAACCUGAAAAUGUUUUGCUCAAACAACAAGGAAGGAGUGGCCUGAAGGUAAUAGAUUUUGGAUCAUCCUGUUAUGAAAAAAAUCGGGUCUACACAUAUAUUCAAUCAAGAUAUUAUAGAGCACCUGAAGUUAUUCUUGGUGCCCAAUAUGGUAUGCCUAUCGACAUGUGGUCUUUGGGAUGUAUCCUAGCUGAACUCCUUACUGGAUUUCCUUUGCUUCCUGGAGAAGAUGAAGCUGACCAAUUAGCUUGUAUAAUGGAGCUUCUUGGAAUGCCGCCACAAAAACUACUUGACCAAUCAAAAAGAGCUAAAAGCUUCAUCAAUUCUAAGGGCAUUCCCAGAUAUUGUACCUGCACAACUUUACCUAAUGGACAAGUAACUUUAAGGGGUGGAUUGAGCCGUCGAGGAAAAUUGAGAGGACCUCCUGCUUCUAAAGACUUGAAAACGGCUUUGAAAGGGUGUGAUGACCCCACAUUUUUAGAUUUCAUAAAACGAUGUUUGGAAUGGGAUCCUGAGGCUCGUCUUACGCCUUCUGCUGCAUUGCGACAUCUGUGGUUGCGACGAAGGCUACCAAGAGCUCCUGUCGAAACGAGUUUUGGUCCAGAUACAUCGUCUUCAUCCAACAAGCAACCUUCCUCAAGAACACCCGUAUUAGGCAAGGUGAGAGUUCAAUUAAAUGAUGAACGUUCUUCAACACUUCAUUCAGGUAAACUUCCUCCAGUUACGUAGCCCUCACCACAAUGGCAUUAAUUUUUAUGACACAUAAUUUUUUAUUGAAGAAUAUCCACAAAACAAAUAUCAAUCGAACUAUUGUAGUAAAGACCGCCGUCAUUUUUUUAUUCCAAAUUACAUCAUCAGCUAUUCCUUCAGCUCUUUAUACUUAUUAGUAUUGUUUAAUGGGUCUUGCAUUGUAAUGGAAAAAUGUUAAAGGUACUUCAUUGUCAUAUCAAUGUUUUACUUGUAGAAACAUCUAAUUAAUUUGCUUUACCACUCAUGGCGGGGUGAAACUAAUACAAAGCCAUAUUUAAAAAAAUUGGAAAAAAUAAUUGAAUUUCGUACACCCUUUUGACGCGAUAAAUAUAUAUAUAUAUAUAUAUAUACAUAAGAGAUUUAACGGACGUAACCCUCUGAAAAAAAGAUAUAUAUAUAUAUCUUGACGAUGUUCCAAUUCUUUUCAAAAUGUUCAGAGCAAAUAUUUCAUUCAUUCAAUUGCUUAGAGUUUAAAAUCAAUUUCAUUGUGUAUGUGGAUCCAAAGUGUCUCUGGUCGAACAAAGCUAGUACAGUUGUUAAGUAGGCUUUGGAAUUUUGUUAGUUGAUGUUUCUUAACGUUAUUUUUUACUUCUACCAAAAAAUUAUUCACAGAUUGGAAAAACGUUAACCUAUCGAUGACAUGACCUGAUGCGUUAUUUUUUAUAGUAAUGAGCUUUUGAAGAGAAAAUACUGGUCUAAUCUUAAAAAUAACCUCAAAAUGGUAUAGUAGGAGAAGUUAAAACACAAAAUAUCGACCUUAAAAGAAUAUUCUACAGCCUACUUGAUGAAUUUGGUUGAAAUAUUUCUGUAUACAUAUUUUAGAUCGCUUGCUUUUUCGUUAAGCUUUUAACUUUUUGAAUAUGUGAUGUAAUUUCAAUGAACAUUUUUCAAGAUUUAGUUCUUCCUAAUAUUUUUACAAUAUUCAUUCUUGGGAAAACUAAUCCUUCAGAGACCAGAAUUUCUUUUAAGAAAAUUGAAAGAAUGGAUCAUUUUAUAGGUGCAUAUUUGAAGGUAUUAGAAAGCCGAAAAUUUCGAAACCUUGCAGAACUAUCCUGUCCAAGGAGUCCAUUUAAAACACUGCUGUAAAAAUUGAGUAUUUAUCUACAGAUAAAAGUAAUUGCAUAAUGACCAAAGUAUAUCAAGAUGUAAAUAUGUGAAAGUAUCAUGUUAGUUUCAACAGAUACAUAUUUGAGAAUAUUUUCAAUUUGUAAGUACCGAUUCCAUUUUUAUUAGUGUCACCUCAUUGAAUACGAAAAAUUAUGUAUUUGUACAGAAUAUGAAAAAUUGUACACAGAAUAAACUCAUAUGAAUGAGGAAACACUUUCAAUCCAGCAAGUGAAUAAUUUAUGAAGAUAGAGAUCUUUCUAAAUUAUUCAUUCAGCAAGUCUUCUAAUUAUUCCGCAAGACAGUGGACAAACAACGACCUUCAGUAAGGCCUCCCAGAUAUUAGACUUUUAUUUUGUAAUAGAAGUUGAUUCAAACACAAAUUUUGUGAUACUUUACUAUUACGACAAAGAAAAUUUUUAGCUUUUAGCAUUGUGGACAACAUAUUUGAAUUUUUAGUAGUAAUAUUUGCAGUGUGUAUAAUAGAUAGUGCCUAUAGAAAGUAGUAUUGUACCUUACAUGGCAAUUAUACUGGGUGCGAAACAUAUUUGAAUCAUUUACAUAUUUGUUAAUGCUUGAAAGAGCUACAUUGUCAUAAAAAAUAUAUAUUUGAAGCAAGUAUUUAUUGUUGUAUAUGUGGAUGGUAGGUCAAUUUCAGAUAUUUAGUUAUUCUUGGAUAUUGAAAAAUUUAUGUUGAAUAUACUUAUUAAUUCAAAUGGUGAAUAUUUUCAAUUGUAUUUCUUACAUUAUAUAACAUACACUGUGAUUAGAGCAAAUAAUCAUUUUUUCAUUGCACCUCAUUUGAAGUGCCUUUGUCAUGUUAAUUAUAUUUAUCGAUUUUAUUUCACAGUGUAUUUCACAUGUCAUCUUAAAAAGAAUUUCGAGGGUUUUAACUAUAGGCAGAACCUUGCUCAGUUUUGUCUUUAAUUUAUUAAUUCAUCUGAAAAUGGGGAAGAUCAACAUAUAACUUUGAUUUCCUCAAUUUGACAUAUAUAUGUGAUACCAUAAUUAUAUGGAAAUUGAACUGAAGCAAUUUUCUUGUCUUUAUUCGUCUUGCAAUACAUUUCUGAAUUUUUUCACAAAUCUGAUGUAUAACCCAUAGAAUCGUAAAUGAAAAUGCGCACAAUAAUCAUGAAUUUGCAAUGGCAACAAAUUAGGAAUCAGAAGAGUCAGUCCGGAAAUGAAGGAAAACCUUCUGUAUACAUGUCUCAUUAGAUAAUUUAUUUACAGACAAUUCAGUUGCAAAAUGAUACUCAAGUGUCUGAAACAAAAUUAAACAUUUCAUUCUACCAGAAUGUGGCAAGACCUAAUCUGUUUUUUUUUUUAAAAACAUUCGAAAAAAGUAUUUUCUAAAUAUUAAUGAUUCCACUGCCGUUUCCUUCAGGGUUUUCAAUAAUUGGAGAAGACUUUAUUUAUUUUAAUUAUUUUUAAAGGCACACAUUGAGACUUUGAUACUGUAUGAAUUCAUAAUUAAAAAAUAUUAACUUAUUUAUUUCAGAUAAUAAUUGGCGAUGGUAAAUAUAUUAUAGUUUUAAUUUUUUUAUGAAGAUAUCAGGUCCCUUGUUUUCAUUUCAUUUAUGUUAAAAAAUAUGAGAAUAAUCAUAUUCAACUUAAAUAAUACUUACAUUUUCAUGAAAAAUUGAGCAUUGAUAUUCAUUCGAGUGAAUUGAAAAGCUAAGCUAGCAUUUAAUGCUUGUCUCAAUUUAUACCAAAAUAUUUGUACGGUUGUGAUACCAUUAAAUAUAACUUUGAUGGCAGAUCCCAGUUUGUUAUUUUAAACAAGUUGUUUUUGUUCCGCGUUACUAUUCACGUUUUUCAUAAAGAGGCUUUCAUUUUUAAACUAUUAUUUUUGAAGCAUCAUAGAAUAAUAAAAAAAGCAAAUUAUGUUGAACAUGAACAUUGAACUAAUUCUUCAAGCAAGACUUCAAAUACUGACUGAACAUUCAAGAGUAAUAAACUCUGAACAUAAAAUACAAGUGCACAAAUUUAAAUUUCUUGCAAAUACAACAACCUUGAAACAUACUGUUCAACUUGAUGACUUGGUUGUUUAGUGUCUUCUAAACCAUAUUUUGUCUUCAGGAACAAAAACUAUUCAUAUGCACCUUUCCAUGCGUAAAUUGAAAAUUGUUCAGGUUUAUACUCUGAAGCGCAUAUACUAUACUAUUGAAUUUAUUUCUCAUGUUUGCUCAUCUUUAGUUUUAUUAAUCAGAAAGCUAGGAAGAGGACCCUCUACUUUUAAGGGGGAGAAGUUCGUUAUUUUCAAAUAGUAUCAAUUCAUAAGUAGGUAUGAUUGUUCAGUUAUAGGUAAAAGGUAGCAUGUAGGAUAUAGUGUAUAAAAUGAGGGGCAAUUACCCCCUUGUAAAUACGGACAUGGCCCCAGAUUGCUGAAGGGCUUGAUCUCUUAAUGUUACUUAAGAUGUUUAGGAGAAGGCUUACAGCUUUUCUCAACUUUUUGUAAAGCAACAUAUGCUUUCACCAUUGAUUUGUGUUCUUCAUAUUUUUCUCAAAUAUUUAAGAACAACUAGUAUUAUAAUAAUUUUCGUUAAGUGCAUUUCAACUUGUUUCUAUUUUGUCAAAUUAGCAAACAUGUGAUGUAUAUAACUGAUAAGUCAUCUUUAUAUUAUACUAAUAAAAUGUUCUUUACUAUAA